UUAUCUUCCCAACUCGCGCCAGUGCCACUCCAUUCUGUCUCUCAGUCCAUUCCAUUGCAAAUAACAUGCUUUCAUGCCCAUCCCACUAUCACCUCCACCAUCCACACCCCUCUCUACUUCUCCUCCGCCCCAACCCCAACUCCACCAACAUCUCCUCCUGUCUCCGCAGACACAACUCCAAGUCCACCACCCUUCUCCUCCGCCACCUCUCCCAAGACCCGAUUUCCACUCCGCAACACCAUGAACACUCUAUUCCUGACGAAGAGGAACAAGAAGAAGAAGAAGAAAAGCUCAAGCUUUUACAGCUCUCUCUCGCAACCAAACGCACCCCACAAUUCCCGGGCUCCAUCUACGCCCAGUCCCCGAGCGACCCAGAUGUCCACACCUCUCUGCCCCCUCUACGAACCCUGGUCCAAGGCAAACCUAACGACGAAGAAGAAGACGAGGAGAAGAUUAUAAUGCGUGCGCUCGAGAUUCGGCGCAAGGUCACCGCCGAGAUUUUCAAGGAGGCCAUGCGAAAGGGCAAGUUUGGAAUCACUUACACCACCAAUUUGACGAACAGGUUGGGGCCUUUCAUUGACUAUGUUAUGGUUGAGGCCGCCGCCAUGAAGCGCUUGCCUGAGUUCUCUGAGUCCACGUUUAAUUUCAGGGCCAAGACCGUGAUUCAGGACUCGAAUGUAGUGCCACUUAUAAGGUGGUUGAAACAUAAUUCAGUGUCGUAUCCGAAAAUUGGGAAGCUGAUUUGCAUGUCAAGGGGGAAAAUUGAAUCAAUAAGACGUGUUGUUGAGUGGUUGAAGUGGAUUCGUGUGAAGGGGGAGUUUCUUGGGGUUGCUCUCACAAAAGCCGGAGAGAAUAUUUUGGAGCGCAACAAUGAAGAGUUGGAUGAAAUCGUCGAGUAUCUAGAGUGCAAUGGAGUUAGGAGGGAUUGGAUUGGUUAUGUCGUGAGCCGGUGUCCCCCUUUGUUGUCUUACAGCAUGGAGGAAGUGAGAGCUCGUGUGCAGUUCUACUUGGAUAUGGGUAUGAAUGAGAAGGAUUUCGGAACAAUGGUCUUCGAUUAUCCGAGGGUACUUGGCCAGUUUACUAUGGAAGAGAUGAACCAAAAGGUUACUUAUUUAAAAGAAUUUGGCCUUUGUACUGAGGAAGUUGGCAAAUUGCUAGCGUUUAAACCACAUUUGAUGGGCUGUAGCAUUGAGGAGACAUGGAAGCCUCUUGUUAAGUAUCUGUACUACCUUGGGAUUUCCCGAGAUGGAAUGAAGAGAAUGCUUAUCGUUAAACCAAUCAUCUUCUGUGUUGAUUUGGAGACAACCAUUGUGCCAAAGGUACGAUUUUUUCAGGACAUAGGUGUUCGAGAGGAUGCCGUUGGCAACAUGCUUGUAAAGUUUCCUUCAUUACUAACAUACAGCCUCUACAGGAAGAUCCGGCCAGUGGUCAUAUUCUUGAUGACCAAAGCUGGAGUCAGUGAGAAGGAUAUUGGGAAGGUUAUAGCUUUGGGACCAGAGCUCUUAGGAUGCAGCAUAGUGAAAAAGCUCGAGUUUAAUGUGAAAUAUUUUCUGUCACUUGGCAUACGUGUUCAACAACUGGGUGAGAUGAUUGCUGAUUUUCCCAUGCUGCUCCGAUACAAUCCAGAUAUCCUCCGUCCAAAGUAUCGUUACUUGCGGAGAACUAUGGUCCGCCCUCUGCAAGAUCUCAUCGAGUUUCCCAGGUUUUUCAGCUAUUCUCUUGAUGGCCGAAUAAUUCCAAGGCAUAAGGUUUUGGUGGAGAGGCAGAUCAAUUUAAAGCUGCGCUACAUGUUGGCAAGCACUGAUGAAGAGUUUGAGAAGAAGGUUGAUGCUAUGGUGGAAAGGCGUCGAAGAUUUGAAGCUGGUCUCGUAGAUGACGACAGUCUCUCUGAUUCCCUGGCAACUGAGGGCCCUGACCUUUCUGGAAGUGGGGCAAUAUAGUAAGUUCUGAAACUCGGGUCUUUCUUGCGUUUCAAGGUCAAAACCAGCAUAGGGUUUAGGAACCCAGAACAGCAGGCCUUCAAAGGAUGGAGAACGACAUUGGUUCUGCGAUCAAAAGCAGCAUUCUUCGAGGUUAUGGAUUUAAAAUGUCAGGUGUUUCUGGAAGAUAGACGACAAGCAUUUCGAGAAUGGAAAUGACAUGAGAAUAGGAGCAAAAUGACAUUAUAUGGUGGGAAAGACAUUCGUUUCUGAAAUCAGAAACAAGAAGCAUCUUGGAAAGGGAAAACAACAUCCUGCCAAUGAUCAGCAUUUUCUGAUACCCCGAACCGGACAUGGGUUUGUUCUGCCUAUCAGCACUGAUGCCAGGAGGUUCAAGGUCCACCACAGCUUGUGUUACCUGUGAUAUUGGCAGCAACGUGGUUCUGCACGAAUCGCCAUUGGCAUUUCCUUUUUGUUAGAAAAGAACGAAAGAAACAUAAUUGUACUACCAUCCAUAGUUGUUCUAUGAUGUUUAUAUCGGUAUUAGAUCCCCUCAGAUUUUAAAAAAUCUGAAUUUCUCAAA